UUUCUUGUUCCACUUAGAUUCUUGUUUCCCCAAAUUCUUAAAUGCAAUCUCACUAAUGCACUUCAUUGUCAAAUGUCUUGCAGUUAGAUUUACUCUGUGUUACAUCCGAUGCCGCGUCUUAGUUGAUACAACUCGCGUGUGGCCUUCAGGGCUGAAUUUUAGAAGCGGUCCUAUCUUCUUCUUCUGCCCUUAUCUUGGCAGGGGUGUCCUUCACGGCCGUAUAAAGACCAGAGACGCGCUCUGGUACUUUGCUGUCACUGCCAAAGACAGACAACAUGCUGCCUGCUGUUGUAAAGCUCUGCUGUGGAAUCUCCUACCCCCAUCUGAGGAGCGUGGCAGGCCUUCAACGCACAGCCGUGGCAGUGAUAGGCCAGGAGAUAAAUCACCUGCAGAGAUGGGGACUGAUCCAGCAUCACAUGAGAGCACACGCUGGAUUAAAGUGUGAUGAGGCCAAACGUGAAGACUUGAAGCAUCCACCACCAUCGAAGAAAGACCAGCUGUUCUUCGUACAACAGGGCCGAGAAGCGAUGAGGGAGGCUCUCAGUAUGUUAGAGGACGAGGAGGGAUGGAAGGUUGAGGUCACAGAGAGCGACGGGGACGUGAUCUGUAGCAAAGUGCUGCCGGGGGCCAGGAAGGUCUUCAGGCUGGAGGCGGUCCUGGAGGCCAGCGUGGACGAGCUGUACGACAUCCUGUUCGUCAGAGUGGAGCAGAUGCACCAGUGGAACCCGAGCAUACAGCACAUCAAGGUUCUGAAGCAGAUCGGAUCCGAAACAAUGGUCACUCAUGAGGUUUCAGCCGAGACAGCAGGAAAUCUGAUUGGCCAGAGGGAUUUCGUGAGCGUCAGACACAGUUGCAAACAAAAGUCCGGGGUUUAUCUCGGAGGAGCGGCGAUUCAGCUGGAGUCCUUCCCGCCUCAAACAGGCUUUGUGAGAGCCGAGGACGGGCCGACCUGCAUCAUCAUCCAGCCUCUGGAGGAGGACGCGGGAAAAAGCCGCUUCACAUGGCUUCUCAAUAUGGACGUCAAGGGCUGGCUGCCAAGGUCCAUUGUCAAUCAGGCUUUACCCCGAGCACAGCUGGAUUUCACCAGACACCUCCGCAGACGUCUCACCGCAAGCGCCACCCUGGGUUGAUUGAGCCCUUAGAGGCACCCACAUCCCGGCAGCACCCUGUCAUCGCUCCCUGGGGAGAGACUGAGAGAAGGAGUCACGGUGACAGACUGGCUGCUCGAAACGUACGCUGCCCUUUCAGCGAGAGCAGAAACGCUGACUGGAGGAGGUGUCAUCAGCCCAGUGCCAGCCUGGCAGACGGAAGUUGGCUUAUAAUAGGAAUGUAAUAUCAACGUGUGUCACUCAAACCUCAUUAAGAUUUCCUGAGCAGGAGUCAUCGCUUGUCUGUCGAUACACGAUUGCGUAUGACCAAAAAUUAAUAAACAGCUUGUUAAAGUCG